AUGAAAGAAUGUACACUGGUGGAACAAGAUCUGAAGCUCAUGAAAGAUAUCACCGAUAAACUUGCGGCAAUUGGGGCGCCCAUUUCCGAAGAGGAUCGAGUUGUGACUUUGUUAGGAAGUUUGCUGAGAAGUUUUGCGACCCUUAUCACUGCUAUCGAAGCAAGAGUGGAUGGAGUUAGCCUGGAUUAUGUUCAGCAAGCACUCAUUCACGAAGAAAUGAAGCAAUCAGAGCUAUCCAGCCAUCCAUCCCAUAAGAAGUUAAGAUGUUUUAAAGGUGGUGAUGUGGGUCAUAUUCCCUGUUAUUGUCCCAAGAAAUUUAAAUGGCACAAAGCAAAAAUAGUCGACAGUGACAAGCACCAACCGAAAAACUCUGACUUCGAAGGUGAAGAUGGUUAUGCUACUGCAUUUAUGGCGUCUGUUGAGAGCAUGGAGUCUACAAACAAAAUUCGUUGUCCAUGGAUUAUUGACACGGGUGCAUCAAGUCAUAUGACGACAGAAAAGCAUGUUUUGGUGAAUUUUCAGGAAUUUGCUGCACCUGAAAAUGUUGCGCCGGGUGAUGGUCGUGUUGUGAAAACGUUGGGAUCAGGGAACGUAUGA